AUGCUUAUAAUAUAUUUAAGAAAUUUCUUCAAUUCAUCUAAUAAAGGAAAUAAUUCAUAGAAUAAUUUGCAAAUUAUAAAUCUUCCCUCCCUUAUAAUUUUGGUCUUAAUUAUCAUUUUUCUUUAGAAAAAAAUCUCAAUUCAUAUCUUUACUUAAAAAAAAUAUCACUUUUUAGAAUAAGUUGUAUCUUCAUUUUUUUUCUUAAAUAACUUUAUCAAAAUAUAUAUUUGCCUGUAGUUGAAAUCAGUGUUUAACAAUUUUAUAUAAGUCUAAUAUUAUUCUUUAACUCAACUCUUAACCCAGUUGCUUAAGAAUAUAUUUGUUAAUGUUUUAGAAUUUCAAAGAUUUAUUUUAUUCUAAUGUAUAAUUUAAUUAGAUGAAAUUAUGAAAUUUCAAUCAGAAAAAAAUACAUUUAAAAUAUCCAUUAGAGCUUAUAGGAUGAAAAUUUCGUUUUAUUAACCUUAAAGGUGA